AUGAGCCACCCGUCGGGCCUCCGGUCCAGCGUCAGUUCCACCUCCUACCGCCGCACCUUCGGGCCACCGCCCUCACUGUCCCCGGGGGCCUUCUCCUAUUCGUCCAGCUCCCGCUUCUCGAGCAGCCGCCUGCUGGGUUCGGCGUCCCCCGGCUCCUCCGUGCGCCUGGGCAGCUUCCGCGGUCCCCGGGCGGGCACGGGCGCCCUCCUGCGCCUGCCCUCGGAGCGCCUCGACUUCUCUAUGACCGAGGCGCUCAACCAGGAGUUCCUGGCCACGCGCAGCAACGAGAAGCAGGAGCUGCAGGAGCUCAACGACCGUUUUGCCAACUUCAUCGAGAAGGUGCGCUUCCUGGAGCAGCAGAACGCGGCCCUGCGCGGGGAGCUGAACCAGGCCCGGGGCCAGGAGCCGGCCCGCGCCGACCAACUGUGCCAGCAGGAGCUGCGUGAGCUGAGGAGGGAGCUGGAGCUGCUGGGCCGGGAGCGCGACCGGGUGCAGGUGGAGCGCGACGGGCUGGCGGAGGACCUGGCAGCGCUCAAGCAGAGGUUGGAGGAAGAGACUCGGAAGAGGGAGGAUGCGGAGCACAACCUCGUGCUUUUCCGUAAGGACGUGGACGACGCCACCCUGUCUCGUCUGGAGUUAGAGCGCAAGAUUGAAUCUCUGAUGGAUGAGAUUGAGUUCCUCAAGAAGCUGCACGAGGAGGAGCUGAGAGACCUGCAGCUGAGCGUGGAGAGCCAGCAAGUGCAGCACGUCGAGGUGGAGGCGACCGUGAAGCCCGAACUGACAGCGGCGCUGAGGGACAUCCGAGCCCAGUACGAGAGCAUCGCGGCGAAGAACCUGCAGGAGGCAGAAGAGUGGUACAAGUCCAAGUACGCCGACCUGUCGGACGCCGCCAACCGGAACCACGAGGCCCUGCGCCAGGCUAAGCAGGAGAUGAAUGAGUCCCGACGCCAGAUCCAGAGCCUGACGUGCGAGGUGGACGGGCUUCGCGGCACAAACGAGGCGCUGCUCAGACAGCUGCGGGAGCUGGAGGAGCAGUUUGCCCUGGAGGCCGGCGGGUACCAGGCGGGCGCCGCGCGGCUUGAGGAGGAGCUGCGGCAGCUCAAGGAGGAGAUGGCGCGACACCUGCGAGAGUACCAGGAGCUUCUCAACGUCAAGAUGGCCCUGGACAUCGAGAUCGCCACCUACCGGAAGCUGCUGGAGGGCGAGGAGAGCCGGAUUUCCGUGCCAAUCCAUUCCUUUGCAUCCUUGAGUAUAAAGACGACUGUACCUGAGGUGGAGCCUCCCCAGGAAACCCACAGCCGGAAGAUGGUUCUGAUCAGGACCAUUGAGACCCGGGAUGGGGAGGUGGUGACAGAGUCUCAGAAGGAGCAGCACAGUGAGCUGGACAAGUCUUCUCCUCAGAGCUACUGA